GUGGAAAUUCAGAAUCAGAAAGCGAGAUAUUUAUUUCAACUUUGUUUAACGAAAAUCUAAGCUUAAUAUAUAUCGAGGGUGUUUUCGUGAAAGAUCUGUUAGUGUCCUGUUAUUUUAUCGACGGGGAGGGCUAAAUAGAAUGCAUUCAAAAAACUUGUUCAGCAUUUAAAAUUUAUCUCUACCACAGAUGUUGGUGUUGAAACGAGCAAUUAAUUGGAAGAAUCUGUCAAGAGAAGUCUCUAUUCAAAAUAGCCUACUGGUUUAAAUUCUUUGGCUCUUACAUGCCACAAUUAAACUGUGCCAUGAGUUGGAUAUCGCCAACAUUUAGUAGUGAUGAUUCAUUUAUUCCACCACCCCCAAAGAAAACUAAAUCAAAGAACUCCAAAUGUGACAACCCACCCAUAUGUAAUGCCAGUAAGUCUUGUAACUGGUUGGAAAAGUAUAGACCGAAAACUGUAAGUGACUUAAUAGUGAAUGUUAAGAAAAUAAAGGAAGUUGAAGAUUGGCUCCAACAAGCUGUAAACUCAAGAUCUUCAGCAAAGAUUUUACUUGUAACGGGUCCCUCCGGAAGUGGAAAAACCGCCACUCUUCAGACAGUCUGCAAAUCCCUCAACAUUAAAGUGUUAGAAUGGAUAACCCCUCUUGAUAGACCGUUUGAUGACUAUGGAGGUGUACCAUCAAAAUAUGAAUGUUUGAAAAGUGCGGCUAAACAGUUUGAAGAGUACGUCUUUAGAUCCUCUAGGUAUAACAGUUGUUUAGUUUCCCAAGCUUCAAAGAACAUUAUUAUGGUAAAGGAUUUCCCUAAUGUAUUCAUUCACAACCCCUCAUCAUUCCAAGAGGUUUUAGAGAGAUUAUCUGAAGUUUGCAUCAAUCCUAUUGUAUUUGUUUGUAGUGAUGAAUCACUAUGUAGAAAACUUUUCUCUAUUACUGUUAAAGAUAGUUUAAGGAUACAAACCAUCACAUUUAAUCCAAUUACCGAUCAGAAAGCUUCCAAGUUUUUGAAAAGCUUGCUUUCUCAAGAGGUAAAGGUAAAUAAAAAUGUUAAGAGCUUACCAGAUGAAGCCAUACUUACGAUAUGUGUAGCGAGUCAAGGUGAUCUUAGAGGCGCAGUAUCAAAAUUAUACUUCUGCAGCAUCAGUAGCGAUUUUGAAAUCGCUCAACUGAAACCGACAGGGAAACUAAAAAAAUCCAAACAAGGUGAUGUUCGAGUGGAAACAGAUAAGGAUAAAAGGCUAGACUUUUUCCACGGUAUAGGUAGAGUACUUUACCCUAAGAAAGUAGAAUCUGACAAAGUAAUUAAGUUUGUACACUCGACAAAUGAAAUAGUGGAAAACUUUCUAUCGGAGCCAAAAAGUUUUCUCAAUCAACUCCAUGAGAACUACCCCUCUAAGAUGGGCAAUCUGCGCGAUCUUAGUGAAGCUGCUGAAAGAUUGUCGAAAAGUGAUAUGUUAAUGUCGAGGUGGCAAGAAAAGGAAAUUUUUCCGGAAUAUUCUCUUUCAGUCGCCAUACAAGGGGUAAUGGUAUCGAAUAGGCAUCCGCAAAAGGCCAAAUUUGAAGCUUUUAGAAAAUCACAAACAUCACGCCUAGAAAUCGACACCAAGGCGCUUGAACUGGAAGGGAAAGCUGUGUUCUCCGACUUGCUUGUCUUGGAGUACGAACGCCUUAUUGAAAUUUUGCCUUAUUAUAAGGAUCUCUUACCUAACCUCACUCAUGGGCAACAAGAAUACGUUAGAAAAACUUGUUACUUUAAGUAAAUCUAGUCUCUUGAGCUUUUAUGUUUAUAGAUGUCCUUUGGCUAUUUUUGUUUGCAAUGUACAUUUUAAAUGUUCCUAUCUUAAAGUAUAGUUGUGAAAAGAA